AUGCCCUGGCGGCCGCUGCCUCGCAUUGCCUUUGCCGUUGCCAUAUACCCCUUCCAACCUUCCUCGCCCGCGGAUCUACCUCUCGAAUUGGGCGAUGAAUUGUAUAUUAUUGAACAGGGGGGUUUGGAUGGAGAAUGGUGUCGAGGAUAUUUGGUUGCGCCGCCCUCGUUAUUGGCGGGGUUAACGAGCACUAAGGGUCAGACCCUCGAAGCGCGUGUAUUUUCUGGCAUCUUUCCACGGAACUGUGUUGAGAUCCGGGAAGUACUGGGCGAUGGUGACGGAUACAAGGCUCUUCUCAAUGGAAAUGGCGAUCGCAAGAGCGUGGAUCGAUUAACGCUGCCAGGAUUAGAGUUCGAGGGGCAUUCACGGAAUAGUGUUGCUUAUUCGAUGGCUGACUCUCAAGGCGAAGUGUCGGACGUGGUGUUUGCGAAGAAGGGCAAGCCCGCACAGAUUACAAUCCACCGAACAGAUGAUCUUGAAUUGUCCAGUCCGCGAUCUAUUCAGACCUAUGGAAUGGGUUCCAUUCCUCAUACACCGGUGACUUUUGCGCCCCGGGAUCCCGAUGCGCCGAAGCCUGCAGCGCCUGUGCCUAUGCUUAAAAUUGGCGAUGAGACGCCAACAUCCCUGACAGAACCCUUGGUGGAUGAAAUCGCCUCUUGUCUUCGCGAAUGGCAUUCCACCAACCUACAUGAACUCCUACUGGCUCAGAAAUAUGAUGUACUGGAUGAGAUGUCCACAAUUGUGCAGGAACUGGAUUUUGCAAGACGCCAAUUACUUCAUAAUGUCUUAACCGGCCAGGAGAAAGAGACACUGCGGGAUGAAACGGUCUGGAAACUUGUCAAGGCGAACAAGAUGCUUAGCGGGGAUAUCAUUGUUCGCGAUCCAGAUCAGAGAGGCCGAUUAUUAACCGGGGAGGACUCAGCUAUUCAACUAGCAACGUUACAAUCCGAAAUGAGUAUGUUGGAGAGUCGACCUACCACCUCCUCCGACACCACUGCUUUACAUCACAUGCUCCUGGAAAUCAAUGCGGUGUCUGGAAAUAUUCCUGGUCCGGUGUCUCUGGCCAUUCAGCUGUACUCUCGGUCCGAUUCCGGGGUAUUUAGCCCUCUGUCUGAGACCUUCAGCUUGGAUAUUCCAUCGCCUGAAAAGUUUGUCAGUCUGACCCAGAGUAACAAGUUGAAGACUUUAUUCACAGAAUUGGCCGCAACGGAUAUUGGAGACGGCUCAGUAAAUGGUCGUCAACUUUACCUUGCCACAUCAGUUCGAGCCGCAGAAUCACGCUCGACAACGGAGAGUACCCCUGCCUCACGACCAUCCAUGUCCAGAGAGAGCCCUUCGAGCCCCAAAGCAAAUGCAGCUGGAGUAAUACAGCCCUCAACAAAGGGAAGCUUGCGCUCGCGGCGCAGCAUGAUGUGGUCUCCCAAGCCUCGGGGUCCUAACGAAAGUGUAACGCCAAAGAUCAAUGCCCAGGGAGUGCCACGAUUGUCGAGCAGCUCAUCGAGUGCGAAGGAGCCAACUGCCUCUCAGCCCACAACAAAAGAAUCCUCGGCCAUCCGGACCAUUGGCGUUGGUAUCUUGGAGGUUUCACCCAUUCUUCGACAAGAACGAGAUGCCGAGCAGGUCAUUAAUAUCUGGUCGCCCUCUCGUGAGAGUGAUGAAGGUGAAGGAAACGCUGAUGGGUUUGAUAAACUACUUCAUGUUCUUAUGCCUAGCCGCACUGGUCGUUAUGUGCGAUCUGAUUACGCUGCACGCCUACAUGUUCAUCUCCACCCCUUCGCGAGCACUGACCCGGAAAGCCUUGUCCGCGAGAACCCUACAAUCCUGCACGAUGUCGUCCAGACAAGACGAAUUGGGUUCUCCAAAGCUCCUACCAAACCAAGAUCCGACAUCUACAUCACUCUUUCCCAGGCUGUAUUCCCGACAGACGCCCUCCUAUCUCACCCCACUGCUGGGCAGAUUCCCCUCCAAACGAACACUGGUCUGCAUAAUCUCCAACUCACCUUGGAGGUACGAGACGUCAAUGGAGCUCGCAUCGAUCGCUGUGUGUUCCCAUCUUCAGCAAACACGUCGCAUACGGCCUGGAGGACUACCAUUGCGGCACGGGGAUCUCCAUGGAACCAGACGAUUCGUCUUAAGAUCCCCAAAGAACAAAUCCCUGGAUCGCACAUUAUUAUGAGUGUUGCAGAUGCACCCGAGUUCCCAUUUGCCCUUUCAUGGAUGCCCCUCUGGGACCAACAAGCCUUUAUUCGGGAUGGGAAUCACUCAUUAUUGCUCCAUGCCUAUGAUAAGCAGACCUCGAGCAUGGAGAAUGGAAAGGGCGCUUACUUGAGUCUUCCUUGGAGUGCACUUGGAAAGAACGAAUCGGCCAAGGAUGAAGCGCUUACAGGCCCAUUAGCAACUCUGCGUCUCGAAACUCAUCUAUGUAGUACCGAAUACUCCCAGGACCAAGUGAUAUUGAGCCUGUUAAACUGGAAGGAGCGUCCGGUGGAUGAGGUUUUGGAUACCCUGAAGCGAUUGCUCUUCGUCCCGGAAAUCGAGAUUGUCAAGCAGCUGCGCGGCGUUUUCAAUGCACUGUUUGGAAUCUUGGUCGAAAAUGCUAGCAAUGAGGAGUACGAGGAUUUGAUCUUUCAUAAUCUAGUGACAGUACUAGGCAUUGUACACGAUCGACGAUUUAACCUGGGUCCUUUGGUUGACCAGUAUGCCGAUGAACAAUUCGACUUUCCCUUUGCCACGCCAUGUCUUAUUCGAAGCUACCUGCGACUAUUGAAUGCCCCUACAGACCCUAAGCAGUCCCGCAACCUCCGCGCUGCUUUCAAAGUUGGCCGUCAUCUGCUCAAAUUCAUCAUUAAUGCCCGCGAACAGCAAAAGGCCAAGGAAGAGGGCAUUGGCAUUACUUCAGUGCAAUCGACUUUUAACAGAGAUCUGCACACUAUCUUCAAGUCAUUGGAGAAAUUGAUGAAGAAUACCAACCCGGCAUUGGUUGGCAGCAAGACACUGAUCGUCCAGCACUUCCACACGUGGUUGCCUGAGCUUUCCAAAGUCUUUGGCCGUGACGAAAUGAUUAUGAUUGCAUUGAGUUUUAUGGAUUCAUGCAAAGAAGUGACUGGCAUGCUGGUGCUGUACAAGCUAGUUCUUAUCCAGAGCUAUACCCAGUUCGAGAUCUUCGCAUCUGGCGAGGAGAGGCAAACCCUGAUCUCAAGCUGCGUACACUGGUUGAAGCCAUAUUGGGGCUCUGGUGUAGCCGUCUCCGACCAAUAUCGCGAUCAGGUCCGGCUGAGCAGUGCGAUUGUUGCUCAACUGCUCACUCAGCCUGAUCCUCAACUGUAUGACUUUAUGCCGAGCGUUGUUGCUUCUUACUGUGCUAUAGCCGCGGAAGGGGUGGAUGAUACCGAAUACCUUUCCCUCCUCUUCAGCAAGUCCUUUCCCUUCCAAGUCAAAUUGGCCAAGACACCUCAAAGGUUCGAGGAAUCUUUGGUGGAGCUCUCUGCAAUUAUGGCUGCUCUGGCGAAGAUCGUGUCACCCAAGACUCCCAACCUGAAGGAAUUGGAGCUUGCAACCUUCAUCUCCCAGGCUUUCGAGGCCCACAACUCCAUCAUUGAUUGUGAGGCAUACCCCGAAAGCUGGUUCAGUAUUCAUGUGUACAACCAUCGUGCCGCUAUUAAGGGCCUUGAACAUCUGGCCCUGCUCUUGGUCGAAAAGUUCCUUCCCAAUCCUGAUGAUGCUGAUACCUUCGACACAAAGCUUUGGGAGUCAUUCUUCACUACACUGCUGAAGGUUAUUUCUAGCGAUGCCCUCGCUCUUGAAACUUUCCCUGAGCAGAAGCGAAGAGCUGUCUGGAAAAUCGCCGGCGAUGUUCGUGAGCAGGGUGCGGACUUGCUGCACUCCACUUGGGAAGCUAUCGGUUGGGAGACCACCGACGAUGAGAGAGAACGAUACAACCUGAAGCGGAUGGGUGGCUACCAGGUUCAAUACGUGCCCAAUUUAGUGCCUCCAAUCAUCGGGCUAUGUCUUAGCGUGCACGAGGGUUUGCGCCACGUUGCUGUUCAUAUCCUAAGAACAAUGAUCUUGAGUGAAUGGGACUUGAACCAGGAGAUCUCUAUCCUCGAAACGGAAAUCAUCUCAAGCUUGGAUUCUAUCUUCAAAUCCAAGCACAUGAGUGAGAGUAUCAGCCAAAAAAUCUUUGUUGGUGAACUACUCGACCUCUUUGAGGCUGAUGCCGAAUCUGACGAGGAUUUGUUCAACGCUGUCAAGGGCCUUAUUUCGACUGUGGAUGAGCUCCUUGACCUUUUGGUCGCUUCCCAGAGCAGCGUUGCAAUUCAGAGUCUGCAUGCCCUGAAGCUUAUGGAAUACAUGAAGGAUAUGGGCCGUGAGGAUAUCUUCAUUCGAUAUGUGCAUGAGCUGGCUGAUGGUCAGGCUGGUGCUGGCAAUUUCACGGAAGCCGGACUGGCGCUUCAGUUCCACGCUGAUCUUUAUGAAUGGGAUCCCAUAAAACUGCUGCCUGAGACCAUUACCCCUGCCUUCCCCGCACAAACCGCCUUCGAGCGGAAGGAGUCUUUGUACUUUGCCAUCAUCCAACACUUUGAGAAUGCCAUGGCCUGGUCACCUGCUUUGGCUUGCUACAAGGAACUUUGUACUCACUACGAAUCCGUGAUAAUGGACUUCGACAAGCUUUCCCGAGCUCAGAGCUCAAUGGCUCGGAUCUAUGAUUUUGUUGCCAAGGGCAUCAAGCAGUUCCCGCGCUAUUUUCGCGUUGUUUACAAGGGUCUUGGCUUCCCUCCCAGUCUGCGUGACAAGGAAUUCAUCUUCGAAGGAUCGCCGACAGAGCGCAUGGCGUCGUUCGUUGACCGAAUGCAACGUGAACAUCCUACUGCCCAGAUAAUGUCUUCAGGCGAGAUCCCUGAUUACGAGGGGCAGUUCCUUCAAAUCAGUGGUGUCACUGCGUACCGGGAAGUUGCCCACCCUGUGUACCAGCGAUCGAAGAUCCCCCUUUCUGUUAGGGAUCAUCUCUUGAUCUCGAACCCAAUCCGAUUUGUUGCCACUUCACGGAGACACACCGGCAGCUCAGAUGUGCGCGAACAAUACGUCGAGAAGAUGAUAUUUACCACGGCAGAACAAUUCCCCAACAUUCUCCGACGGAGUGAAGUAGUUUCUACUCAGGAUAUAACUUUGUCUCCUUUGCAGACUGCCAUUGAGCGAACAUGUCGCAAGACCCAGGAGUUACAUCUUUUGGAACAACGCGCUGCAUCGGGCGAGGAUCACGGAUUGUCGAAUCUGACUGAAGCAUUGGAACAAUUGUUAGACUCGCGAUCCGCAUCGUCUAACUGUGUUGCCUCGUACCGCAGCUUCCUUCGCGGUGCGCAAGGCGCGAAGGACAAGCUCGACGAGGCAGAUGAAGACGAUCUGGGUGAACAAGAGGAAGAAGAAUUACCAGAGACCAUGGACCCAAUGGAGAAUGCGCUUGCUGUUGCAUUGAUAGAUCAUGCUCUAGGAAUCAAACAGGCACUGGCACUAUAUCAACGUCCUGCCCAGCAAGCGACUCAGGCAGAGCUUCUCCGGCGCUUCGAGAAUGUGUUUGAACCUGAACUGGAUUCUCUUGCUUCAUCAACACCAGAAAUGAAUAGCCCGACUCUUACUCAGACUGCCCGCCAGUCCCCAAACUUGGGAAGCCGCCGAAGCCAUACUGGAAAGCGAGCUGUUAGUCCUGAGCAGGAGCUCAUUCGGGCCUCCAGGGCCAAUGGCCACACUCAUAAGCGAUCAGAGCGUCAAUCAGUCAGCCACCGGAUCAGUAUCAUGAACCCAUUCAAGCGUCAUGGCGCAUCGAACUCCGUCUUCACCCUCCAGCAACCGGAAAAUAAAGGCCAGAAUGCAGCGGCUGAACAAGAUGACCGUGAUGACGACGCAGCGACAAUCCACAGUCGAACGACAACUCAUUCUCGCGGCGCUAAGAGCGAAAAACGCCGAAGCUGGUUUGGUGCCGACAAGAAGUACGGCUCUUCUCCAUCAAUCGGUGGAGCAGUGGAUGAAAACGGCACGAUCUUGAAGACCAGACCGUCACGUAGCGCCUCUCGCGAUACAGCCGCUCAGUCCCACGACGGCCGUAGUCGCGCAGGCUCUCAACACCGUGGUCCUACUUCCAGCGGCACCGUAGGCCCAUCUGAUCGACCUGCCCCUGCUGCAAGUGGCGGCUGGUCCACGCUCCCCUCUACACGCGACUAUUCCCGUCCGGUGACGCGCGAUAGUAGCCAUGCUCCACGCGAAUUGUCAGUCGCCACCAACAGCAACGACUCCGAAAACACCACGCGCGUGUCAUCAACACCAGCCGGGCCCAACGCCGGUGUCCGCGAUUCCGUCUUCCGACGAUUCAGUCUCCUCAAGGGCGUCGGUCGCAAAGGCAGCCGCAUGGACUUCAAAUCCAACGGCACGUUAACAGAGGAGUGA